UUUAUUCAUUUUAACUAAGUUAAUUUAAUUUUAAAGGUCAAUUUUUUACGUCAAAAAAAAAAAAAAAUGUAUAACAAUAAAAUGAAUCUGAUAAGCACUUUAUUGCUUUUGUUGAGUUUGUACGUUGUACACAUAUGUCCUGCUUGUGAUCAAAUACAAGAGGAGGAUUCAACAAAUUUAUUACAUAGACUUAUAACAUUAAUUAAUAAAAACAAUGGUUUACUACAGUAUUUACUAAAUCAAUAUGAUAUGCACUAUGUCUUUCACGUUCGAUUCCGACAAUAUAGUUAUAGUGAUAUAGCAAAUUUAUUUCUAAGGAAAGAUUUUGAAUUAUUUCCAAAAGAUAAAAAUGAAUUUAUUAAAGAAGUAUCCGAACACAUUGAAACUGAAGAACAUAUCGAAACUUUAUAUGAAAAUUUAGCAAGUGGUCGUCCAUCAAGUUCAAAUGUUGAUGUAUAUAACCCAUCACUGAAUUACAAUUUAGUCGCAAAAGAACGAAAACAAAUUAUGAAAAAAAUAUUUAUUAAGUUCUUUCGAAGAAAUUUAACAAAUCAUCAUAUGUGUAAUGAAAAUGUCCCAAAUGAUGAUAUUAAAUGUAAGUUUGUUGGCUUGGUUCUAUCUACCGAAAACCAUGUAAUUGAUUGGGUGUACUCUCCACACUGCGUUGGAAAAAUAUGUCAUCUCAGGCCUCGUGACCGUUCAGGUUAUCUCAUAGAUGUAUGCGACCCGGGCGAGUUUAAAGAAAGAAAAGUGAAUAAUCCAAAAAAAGGCAUGAAAGACAGUGUGAUUGAAAUGAAAUCAAAUAAAUUCAGAGGAUAUUUAGAUUGGUGAUAAAAUAAAAAAAAAAUUACAAUUUACAAUUUUAUUUAAAAUGCUCAUAAAAAUUGAAUAAAUCAAUAAUUUUAAAUUAUCAUAUAUAAUUAAACAAUUUUUAAUUUAAAAUAAUAAAACAUAAAAACUGACAUUUUUAACAAACAAUAUGAAAGAAAUUUUAAAAAUAAAGGUCUUGUUUUUUAAUUAUUAAU